AGGUACCAUUUACACCCAGCAGUUCAAAGAGACACAUCUGCUCUACUGAUCAAUAAAAUGGCAGAUAUCUAUGGGAAUAAUGAUUUUCUCCACAUAGAAGCUCAGAACCAAUUCCAGACUGGGAAAACACAGCUACCAUCAGGGCAUCAGUGUUGGGAUGAUGAAGAAAGUGAUGCAGACUAUGAAAACAUUGAAUACACCCUAGAAAUGAAGGAAACCAGCCAAACCCAAGAGAGGAGAAGUCAGGACAACUCAGAGAAAAGAACAGAAGAGUUUAAAUCCAGCACACCUCCAGCUGCUGCUGUUGCUGGGACCAAGUCCAUCAUUCUGCUGUAUGUCCUGCUGUUGAUGGUCACUGUAGGCUGGGUAGUCUUCAUCUCACUGGCCUUCAUUAAGUACUCCGCACUAACCGAAGAAAUUCAGCACCUCCGAAAGAGUCAAGCUGCCUUGAAAGAGAGCAACUCAGCACUAAUUGAAGAAAUUCAGCACCUCCGAAAGAGUCAAGCUGCCUUGAAAGAGAGCAGUUCAUCAGAAAUUCAAAGCCUAAAAAUGAAACAAGUUGGGUUGAUGAGCAAUGAUUCUCAGAUCUCCUCUGCAGUGAUGAAUUUGGAUUCCCAGUUCCAAACUCACGUGUCUCAGAUGUCAUCCAGGCUGAACAGUUUAACUUCCCAGCUCCAGGCUCAAGGUUGUACAAAAUCGUGCUCCAGUGACUGGAUCCUGUUCAGUGGAAAUUGUUACUAUUUUUCAAAAGAAACAAGAGACUGGAGUGGAGCUCAACAAUACUGUGGCAACCAGGACUCUGGCCUUGCCAUUAUCAACAAUGAUGAUGAGCUGACACAUCUGAGCAGCAAAAUCUCUUCUAUCCAUUGGCUGGGCUUGACUGACCUUGACAGGGAAGGGAGCUGGAAAUGGGUGGAUGGAACACCAGUGGACAAAAAAUACUGGAAUCUUGGCGAGCCCAACAAUGCUGGCGAGGAGGACUGUGGAGAGCUGAAAGAAGCUAAACUGAAUGAUGGACGUUGUAGCGAGAUUAAAAGAUGGAUCUGUGAAAAGAGGUUAUAGCCUUCCUGUCCCUACCUCUCCUGAAACAGGCUCUUGAGGACCCCAGCACAGCAGUCUUCAUUUUGCAUUCAACAGCAGCAGUAUUUAUGUAAUUAAUGGGAAUGUGCAAGCAAAUCUACUGUAUGGCACAAAAUCAGUGGCAGUAUUAACUAAAAACUGUGAACUCUUUGCUUGCAUAGUUUUCAAUCAUUGGUACAAUAAAGUAAAUCAUCAUUCCCAGCAGCAGCAAUGACAACAAUUAUAACAUGUGGUGGCACAUUGGUUAGCAUUUUUGCCUUGCAGAGCUGGGGACAGAGUAAAAUAAUAGGAAUAAUAAAGUAAUAAUAAUAAUUGCUCAUACUUAUC